AUGAGCACGCACCGCGGCACGAAGGCCGCUGCUCAUGCCCCUGUCCAGCCCUCGCUGCGCGCCGUCGACGCACAUGUGCAGAUGCUGCGGGCAGAGGCGCGGACGGGGCUGGGCUCGCAAGAUGUGCGUGGCGCACUUAUCAAGGAGGAGCUGCGACCGCCUCGCUUUGUUUGUGGCGGUCGUGGAGCACGCGGCCCAAAGGCGCCCUCGCUUACCACCCUCUCCGCAGGUUCCGGAUUCGUGGCUGCGUCAGCAGGAGCGGGCAGCGGCAUCGCUGACAUACCGUCCGCGUGGUUAGAAGGCGACUUCCACCUCAAAUCAGCUGUCGCUGAUGAGGACGGAGCGGCCGCCGCGUCCCCGUCCGCCUGCAUGGCCCUCGCAGGAGAAGCAACCGCCACCAUGUCUGCCGACGCGGCACCUUUGCCUCCAGACUCUAGCAGCGCGCUCCGCAUGUACGAAGCGCUGUGCGCCGCCGCCGAUGAAGUGGACUACGACGUGUCGUACGAGGAGGCACUGCGGCAGGUGGAGGAUCGCGAUGGCCAUACGGGGCUGGCGACCACAUGGCGAACCCGGCGUCGCCCAUCGGCACCGCUGCCUUUCAGUUCGAUGGCGGUGGCGGCCUCAGCGUUGAGCUGGGACGCACAAGGGGAGCGUUCGGUGUUCGCAGGCCGCGUAGAAGCGGCUGGCAAUAUCCGUGUGGCUGCGUCUCAAGGACUGUACACGCAACCGCCGUCGCGGCCGUCCGCGGUUGGCCGCGGUGCCGCUGGCCGCCUUGCUGCUGCACUCUCUGCCUCUCGGCCCGCCUCGCAGGCGUCCGUCGUAUCCGCCGGGACGCCAUCGACAAUCACCACAACGAGAAGAAUGAAACCGCAGGUGUUGCGCUCGUGUGGCGGCGGCGGCGGCGGCGCGUUCCCCUCCUUAUCCACGGAGGGCACGGCGGUCGCGUGCAGUUCCGCGGCAACGUACGCGAUGGCGCUCCGCCAACGUGUGCAGGAGCAGCGCGAGUACGCGAGCCGCGUUGGAGGUGGCCCACCGCGGUCGAGCUCGACCCCGGCCGUACGGCUUGACAGAGAGGACAAUGGGGACAGCGGCAGAGCUGCUGUGCUCGAGUGGCGGACGCGCAUGACGGCAGCUGUGACUGUGGCAGUCUGUCCAUCAUGUCACGCGUGGUUUGAGCGCGCGCUGCAACAGCCACAGCAGCCUCUGCUAUCAGAGGAGGCUCGACAACGGACAGCGGGCGAGCCGGAUAACGCUUCAAGGUGCUGCUGUCCUCGCUGUGGCCAUGACGUCGACACUGCAGCCGGCGCAGACACUCCGGCGGCCGCUGCGGCGGGGGCAGGACCGCGGUGGGUCUGGGCUCCGUCUGCCGCAACAGGCGGCUCUGAAGCAAGCAAGCGAGACUUUGAUGGAACUCCUGCAAGAGUCCUUGACUCCGCUGUGGUCCGUUGCCCGCAGCAGCCAUCCUCCCCAGCUUCGGCAGCAAGGCAUUGUAUCGCCAACGGCGCAGGUGGUGAGACGUACGGCACCGACAGCGUUGGCUUCGCAGGGAGCGGCAACGGAGGUGAGGAGGAGUCCUUCGCCGCGUUGGUGGCGCGCAUCCGGGCUUCGAGGCUGAGAGCGCAGGAAGACGAGGAGAGCAGCAAUGCGAUGGCCACCAGCGUCUCAGAGGCACGCGCGCGUCAGGCGCCGUUGAGCAGCGCUUCCAUAGCGCCUCUACGUCCACCGAAGGAGUUGGCACCAGCUACAGCGCCUAAGGGUGUCGGUAUCUCCAGUGUAUGCACCGAGACGGACAUGUCAGGCGGAACCAUGUCCUUCCCUCCAGCAGCACCACUCUCUGGGCCUCCUCCCUUGGGCGAGCAGACCUUGCCCGCCCGCAUGAACCCGCUCGCCCAGAGCCUUCGUGUCGCCCUCAGUCGCCUGUACUUUUACGACCUUUGGGCGAGUGCGAUGGGCAAGCAGACGUGA